AUGGUACCCUUGAAACUCGACGCAUCUCUCACCUUUCUACUUGCUUCUUCACUCUGGAUCGCUCAUGUAGCUGCCCAGAAUCCAGGGACGCCCGGAGACAAGUCAUACACAAUCGUGAACAACUGCCCGACUGCUGUUGAUUUAGUCAUAGGCGGCGUCAUCGACAGCACGCUCGCCGUUGGAGAAAGCUCGACCAAGUUCGCCUCAGGCAGUUUCACCCCAGGAUUCUUCUACACAACAGCGAACGGCGGGAACGUGAAUGGACAGGCUACUAAGGCGGGGUUCUACGAUGACAACAACAGCUACUAUUACUAUAUGGUGAAAGAUGAAGAGCACUUCAACAUCGGGAUGAGCAUUGCGCCAAAUCAUUCUGAGAUUAACGGGUUUUGCCCCACCAUUAUCUGCGAAUCUGCGUCGUGUAUCACCGCGUAUCCUUUUCCACCAACUCGUUUUCCUGCUCCCGUGUGCGAAACGCCACCACCUCCCCCUGUUUAUUCCUGCCCAUACGCAAACCUGACAUACACGAUCACGUUCUGUCCUUCGGGCUCGUUUCCAGAUGGUCAACUGUCUGGUACAGCAAUUCAUCCCAAUGGAAAUCCAAGCAAGUGCAUGGACGUGUGUGGAGCUAUCUAUGCGAAUGGGACGCCCGUCCAAAUAUACGACUGCAACGGAACCGGAGCUCAGAAGUGGGUCCUUGAACGAGGAAGCACGAAAGUGAAGCUUGCAGGCACGAAUUUCUGCCUUGAUGCUGGUUCCAACCCUGCAAACGGUAUCGGAAUGAAGAUAUGGGAAUGCUUCGAUAACCUUCCUGCACAGCAAUGGUUUUUCACAACCGACAACCGGAUCGCCUUAGAGGGACGAGGGCUCUGUCUGGAUCUUCCGAACGGAGUUUUGACGAACAGUAACCAGCUACAGACGUGGCAGUGCUCGGACGGGAAUACCAACCAGGUCUGGACGGUUUAA